AGGCGCAUUGCGCAAGUGGCGCGCGGCAGUGGCGGCUGCUGGAGGUGAGAGCCAGAGACAUGGCGGGGGAGGGGAGAGCAAAGCGAAUGGCACCAGCAAACCUGAACGACGGGAACUGAAAAGAAAGCGAGCAGCAAACAACAACAAAAGCAGCAGCAGUAGCACGCAUCGUCCUGACUUAGUCAGCGGGGCACUCGUGCACCCCCCGCACAACACGGGAAGGGGGGAGGAUGGUCAAGACGCCAGCAGGCAUCAAAACGACGUGCUGGCUCGCUCUUGUUCUUUGCUGUAUAUCUAAAAUGGAGGAGCACGAAGGAAACAAGCUAUCCAAACAAUCUGUCAUCUUGUGAGGACAAGGCCAUAACCCCUGACAGUCUGUUCAUCUGAUGUGGCAGGGGUUUUCGCUUUUAUUUCAAUUUGUUUGAACCAUGAAUAUGCGGUCAACUGUUUUCAAACCAGCAACCCUAAAGCUGGAGAGAGAUUUGACUCCUGAAAAGGUGGAUCUGGAAAAGUCUCAAAGUUCCGCUUCAGGCACCCACAGCAAGGGACCUGACCUCGGACGGGCAGAGGUUCACGACGGAAAUCAUUUGCCCACCGUACUGAUUAAUAUCAACAACAAGAACCGAAAACUGAAAGAGAACCUCCAUAUUCAUCAUGCCGUCAGCAAGGGUGCUCGCACACCAGGGCCUGCUGGUCAGAACAAAACACAGGGUGCCUGUCUGGGACAGGAAGAGAACUGGAUGAGUUUAGAGGCCCUCACUGCUCCAAGUAAGCCAGUAGGGACUGAUAGCAACCUUAUUAAAAACAAGCCCUUAUUUAUGUCCGGGCAGACUGAUAGCAUGAGCAAGACUGCAUCUCCGGUGAACACUAAUCGGAACACUCGGGAGCUGGCCUCUGAGAGCACAGACAGAAAUGCAGGUGCAGUUGGGGGACCCCUUAGCGUUGUUGCUUUGGAGGUGAACUUGGAAGGGAAGUGGCAGAAUUUGAAGAAAAACACCAGCCACAGCCCUACACAAGCAAAUUGCCUAAGACAGAUCUUGCUUCUGCAACUGGAUUUGAUUGAGCAACAGCAGCAACAGCUGCAGGCAAAAGACAAAGAGAUUGAAGAAUUAAAAAACGAAAAAGAAACGCUCCUGGCGCGGAUUGAACGCAUGGAGCGGCGAGUGCAGCUGGUCAAAAAGGACACGUCAAAAGAGAAGCAGAAGAACAUCCUCGCAGAGUGUGAAGAGCAUGAAGCAUUGCCCGAACCAGAGAACAGUGAGAGGGAGGAUAUUGCCGAUGAGGAGGCCGACUGUCGUCCACUUGACUCUCUGAGAGCCUUGCAUUUUUCGCGUGUAGAAAAGGGUCACAAAAGAAAAUUCUCAUUUUGGAGCCCCAAGACACCAAUGAAAAAAUUGUCGGGAGAAUUCUCAAAAGCACGGCGAAAGACACCCAAACUCACUCUCAACAACAAUGAUAUGGAAGCUGGUCAUUCGCUUACCCAACGGGAACUUCGCAGCAAGGAAGCCAUAGAAAAAGUGGGUGACUUGCAGGGAGACAGUUCUCCAAGCAAGGGAUUUUUUUUAAGCCUCCAGCCUAAGGCAGAACCUUUGUCAUCUUCUUUUGAGAUGGAGGACCUGCCAUACAUGUCCACCAAAGAGAUGUACCUCUGCCGCUGGCACCAGCCUCCUCCGUUUCCACUGCGUGAGACUUCUCCCAAGAAAGAGGAGACCGUGGCUAUUCCAUCAUGGAGAGAACAUUUUAUGGAACCUCUGGAAGAAGCCACCGAUGUUGUAGAGAACUUGGAUGAUGGUGUGUUCUUGAAGCGACAUGCCAAACUGGAGCUAGAUGAGAAGAGGAGAAAAAGGUGGGAUAUCCAGAGGAUUAGAGAGCAGAGAAUGUUCCAGCGGCUCCAACAGCGUAUGUACAAAAAGAAAGGCAUUCAGGAGUCUGAACCUGGGUUGUCAUCCUUCUACCCAGAUGCAGAUGAUGUGGAGAGUCUCAUGAUCACUCCAUUCCUGCCAGUUGUAGCAUUUGGUCGCCCACUGCCAAAACUUGCUCAGCAAAAUUUUGAGCUUCCUUGGCUGGAUGAAAGAAGUCGAUGCAGAAUUGAAAUGCAGAAGAAGCAAACGCCGCAUCGGACCUGUCGGAAAUAGUCACUUUUUCUCUGGGCCACCCAAACUCAUGCUGUUGAGUUUGUACACACCAGGAAGGCGGAAGAAAAAUACACUUUCUCCCUUUCAGAAAACAUUUAAGAGAAAUUUUAAUGAUAAAGAACUUGAUCUGUGUUGGAAUGACUGCAGUAUUUAAAAGAAUGUUCUCUUAUGCAUUAACUUUAAUUCUACCCACCCAUAAGAUGUGUCCAGACAUGGAGGAAAAAGUGUAUCUCUUUGUAUUUUCCUGUCUUCAUAUCACCCUCUGUAGGAGGUCAUUCAGGUAUUAGUGUGUUUUUUGAGUUUUGCAUUAUGCAGUGAAAUGGGGGUUGGAAACCAGAAGCUUAAGAUGAGUAAUUAUCAAUGUUAAAGUUGAAGUAGUGCUUUUUGGUGACCUAAUAUCUCUUUUUAAAUGUAGAGAUGACCAGGGUUUGGUCUGUUUGGAGAGAGAGAGAGAGAAUCUUUAAUAUUUUUAAUGUCAGUUUCAACUGUCUAAAAAGUUUUUGAGAUGGCAGUGAUAUGGUGGCAGUGCAGGAACAUUAGGAUUCAUUUUCAAAUGUAAACUGAUAGAAAUGCAUCAUUGCUUCAGCCAUUUAACAGCAGAGGUCAACAUUCCACCAUUUAACAUCUGAACAGAGGUGGUUUCUGUGUCUGCCUAGGUUUAGUUGAGAAGUCUGCAUUUGACCAGGACCAUACCCUGUCUUUCCUCCACUGGUAUGUUGGAGCAAAAAAAUAUUCUUCCCCCACUGUUCAAGAGAAAAGGAGAGUUAAAGAAAUUGGAGAAAGUGUAAGGAAAAUUACAUAUACAGGAAAUAAGGCUUGAAAUUCUUUCCUCUUAUGUUGGGGUUUAGUGCGUGUUGGUCUCCCCAGCCACCCAAAUUUUAUAGCUUUCUGUGGCUGCUGUUAAGAUUGGCCUUUUUGUUUCUGUUUACGAAAGGCUAGUUUGAUAGUUUUGAGAUAUGAGGGAGCGAUGUUUACUUUAGAGGUGGUGAGGGGAAGCAGGAUUGCUCUGAAAUGGGAGUCACACUGCCAGUGUGAGAGAGUGAGAGUGCUAACUGUUCAGACUUUAUUCUGUUUACCUCCUACUAGUGAUGACUGAGCUGCUUUUACCACCUUGUAAAAUAAGACACACAUAUGGGAAUGCAAAAUGAAGAACCAGAAAGCUUUUAUCCAAUGUUUUUAUGUAAAGGUAAAUGCUUUCCAUUGACCAGUUUUAUCACCUAUUUACAUGUUUCUUCUGAUUUUAAAUAAUGUUAAUUUGGUGCGUUUUUACGGCUGUAUGCAGUAAGCACUUCUGUGUAAGUGACUGGCCCUGAGGUUUGCACAGUAAUUUAUUGCCUGUAACAAUGCUUUAAAGAUUGUGGAAAUUCCUGAAGAAUUCAUCACUUUUUUUUUCCUUGUACUGUAAUGGUUUCAUUUCUUGGUCUACUUUUCAACAUCACUCAUAUUCACUGGAUGUGAGAACUACCAAGCUUAGCUGAUACAAGAUGCCCAUGCAAAUCAAGAAACAAGUCUAUACAUUCUGGCAUGACCUGUUAUGGGUUUGAGCAAAGAUGUGUCAACUUUUAUUUUGCACCUGUUUUUAAUCGCCAGUGGACCUUAGCAUGGAAGUGUACUAUGCUGCAUGAUGCAUUCACCCAUUGUUUUGGCUGCUCAGUAUUAAAAGUAGUAAAUUAACUGUUUUUCACAAAUGCACAGAAGAUAGGGUUUGCAGUUCUAGUACUUGAUCUGACCGAGGCAGCAUUGUGUUCACAUCACACACACUUUAAACAUCUACUCCUCCCCACCACCAUCUCAAAAAAAGGAACUGCGUUCUACAGUGUUGGGCGGGUGUACUGUGUGCUCUACAUAGAGGUAAGUAAUUUAAAAAAAAAAAAAAAAAAAAGUUUGCUUAUGGCAGAACUUAAUUUUACAUAUAUACUAAUUAAAAUAAAUAGGAAUCCCAGGGCUUGAUUUAAACGAGAAAAAAAAGAAAAUCCAGGAAUGGUGGUCUCUUUAUAUGUUGCUGCCGGUUUAAAAAAAAAAAAAAAGGCAAAAAGUUUGAAAUCUUAAAUACAGUUGUUUGACAUACUGCUUUCUGUGCACAUGUGUUCAAUGUACCCUAGUUUGUCUUCCCCAGCUGCAGUCUCAUAAUUCUCUGUUUAUAAGAGGUUCUGAUUUAUGGCUUCUUUGUUUUUGUUUUGUUUUGUUUUUUUCUUUUUGGUGAAUUUUAAAACAUUCUUUCCUAAUUGUGUGUACUUGGGUUUUGAAUUGAAUUCAUCUUUGUAGCAUUCUUGGGCAACAAAAAUGAAUGGAAGACAUGUAACCACUUCUGUAAAUAACGUUCGGACAUGCUGUAUAUAAGCAAAGUGGGACUUGGGCAAAACAAAAAAAAAAAAAAGUUCUAUUUGUUUGAGUGUUAGUAUUAUUAAAAAACAAGGUCUGGGUGUGGAAUAA